AUGGUGGAGAAGUCUGUAGCGGUCGCUGUUCAACUUGUGUUGGUGUCCGCUUCCUGGCUUUUGUGCCCAACCCUGGUGGAUUCUACAGCCAGCAUCUGCUCCAGGUGUCCAGCAGAUUCAGAAUUUCUGCGGAAAAUUCAGCUCCAGAUCAUGGGGUUGAAACGACCCACUCGAGACUUGUACAAAUCCUAUCUGUCUCACAUGGGCCUGCAGGACGACCUGCGCCUGUUUUGCCAGUUGCCCGUCGCUUGGCUCCCCAGUAGAAAUAUCACAAAGAAGCCGGAGAGGCUGCUCUUGCAAGAACUCUACACGACUGUGGUCCAUAUGGAGAGGGCUCUGAAGGCCUUGGAAAAUCAGCACGCGGAUGCAGAGAUGCCUUUGUCCCACCAGCUGGCGACAGUCUCUCUCUCACUCACCGGCCUCCUUUCGAACAUCCAGUGUGCCCACUGCUUGAGGGGCCUUCGCCCGGUCCCCGUCACGCCUUCGGAACGGACCCGAGACUCCUCGUCCUUCACUCAAAAGAUGGAAGGUUGCCAGGUCCUCUGGAAUCUCUCCAGCUUCAUCAGGGGUUUAGCAAAGGUUUUCCAAAAGGAAAAGGUGAAAGGCAAAAGACCCGAAAGGCAGAAGAAGAAGAAGAAGAAGAAGAAGGGAAAAAUACAUCGCUCCUUUCUCUCGGCAGGGAUGCCGUAG